UGGAGAGCCUCUUCUACUUGUCUAGUAGGCUCUUUGCUGCUAUAGAUCCUUGCAAAUACCCCCAAUCAACCCACAUAAGAAAACCCCGCCCCCACUUCUCGAGCGAGAGAAGAGAAAACAACAUCAACAUGUCUUUCCAGCCUAAGAACGUUCUCUUCUUCGGCGCCACCGGCGCGAUCGGCUCCUACAUCCUCGACGCUGUCCUCUCUGCCCGUGCUGAAUUCGACCGUCUCGUCAUCUUCACCUCCCAGACCACCGUGCAGAACAAGUCGACCCUCCUGGCGGAUCUGAAGGAGAAGUACAAGGUCGAGGUCAUCGUUGGCGAUAUCCAAGAUGAAGAUGCCGUCAAGAAGGCCUACGAGGGCAUCGACACAGUGGUUUCAGCAGUUGGCCGUGGCGCCAUCGCUACGCAAUUGCCUUUGAUCCGACUCGCCAACGCAUCCCCGAGCGUGAAAUGGUUCUUCCCCUCUGAAUACGGCACGGAUGUCGCGUACUCGCCUGCCUCGGCCUCGGAGAAGCCGCACCAGCAGAAGCUCAAGGUUCGUGCCCUGCUCGAGAACAAGACCGAGGUGCCGGACCUGGCGUACACGUAUGUCGUGACUGGUCCAUUUGCAGACUACUACGUGCGUUUCUCGGGCGCCCGUGAGGCCGGCGGCUGGGACGUCAAGAACAAGAAGGCCACCCUGUUGAGCGACAGGGGGGAGUCGAAGAUCAGUCUGACCACCAUGAAAGAUGUUGGGAUCCUCACCUUGGCCGCUCUCCGUCAUCCCGCUGCUGCCUUUAACAAGGCCCUGCGCGUCAACUCUUUCACCACCACUCCGGCCGAAAUCCAGGCCGAAUUUGAGCGCCAAACAGGCGGCCAGCCUUGGUCAGACGUCACUUAUACCUCACUGGAGACCCUGCGCCAGUCUGAGGCCGCCGCCUGGGAAUCCGGCAGUCCAGCCGCCACCGUCUGGACUCUGCGUCGUAUCUGGACUGAAGGUGGAACUCUGUACGAGCAGAGGGAUAACGCCCUCAUCGGUGAACCCGCCAUGCAGACCCUGACGGAUGUCGUCUCCGAGGCCGUGCGUCAAGCAUCGUGAAGACUAGGUCGAAAUUUGUAGAAAAUGUCCAUUCUCGAUAUUAUGACUUUUCAUUCCAUCAUUUCACUCCUACCUCGUAACACAAUUAACACAAUUGGACUUGGAGCCAUCCUAGCGUUUAUUAUGUAUGAUCACAUUAGACAGGCUGGAGCAUACGAGAUUGGAGGGGAAAACAUUGCAAAACAUCUUGAGUUGUUGUAAAUCUAUUCUUUGAUCUGCAUUGUAAUGACCUCAAAAAAAAAUCGAGUAUCGAUAAAGCUUCAUAGGCAUCAUUGGAUGGGGGAUAAUUUCAUGUUGAUGGAUAUCUGACAUUGGGGGAGGAAUGAUUAGGAAAAGGAAAUGGUGGACGGCAUGGAAGGAUCUCGUAAAUGCAGCGAUG